AUGGCAGCCCACCAGCGCAAUAUCGAAUUGGGCAAUGUUCUCGUCGUCGGCGGCUGUGGAUUCCUGGGCUGGCACGUGGUAGACCACCUCCUGAACUUCCCCUCCGAAACCGACCCCAGCGUCGCCCUCCCCAAGCCCCAAAACGACACGCGCUUCGAAUUCCCAACCCUAGGCUCGCGCUACCCAACCUACAAGGCCAAUGUCUCCGUCGUCGACCUGCGCACCUCCCACAACCGCCUCCCCGGCGCGACCUACUAUGAAGGCGAUAUCACCUCCGUCGAGUCCAUGCUGGAGGUCUUUCGCGCCGCCAAGCCGAACGUCGUGAUCCACACCGCGACCCCCUCCGUGCUAGAUGGCAACAAGCCCCUGCUGUACAAGGUGAAUGUGGAGGGCACACGUACCCUACUCCAAGUUGCCGGCGGCGAGCACGGCGACUGGGGCGGCAAGUGCAAGGCCUUCGUGUACACCAGUUCCAGCUCCGUCGUCCACGAUACCCAGAGCGACCUGAUCAAUGUCAACGAGCAGUGGCCCCUAAUCCGAGGCAAGCUGCAACAGGAGUACUACUCCGAGACCAAGGCCGACGCCGAAGAAAUCGUCCUAAAGUACAACCGCCAAUCACCAACAGGAAUGGUGACAGCCGCCAUCCGCCCCGCCGGCAUCCACGGCGAAAAAGACACAACAGUAACGCACAAGAUCCUGGAACACGGCGCCGCAGCCUCAGACACCGUCCUCCGCAUGCAACUCGGCGAAAACGACAACCUCUUCGACUUCACCUACGUCGGCAACGUCGCCUACGCACACAUGCUCGCCGCAUUCCGACUACUAGCCAGUUACGAGCGGUACGAUGCGGGCCAAAGCGGGCCUCUAGACCACGAGCGCGUCGACGGCGAGGCAUUCAACAUCACCAACGACACGCCUGUUUAUUUCUGGGACGUGACGCGCGGUAUGUGGGCGCUUAUUGACCGGGUUGUUGAGCCUGAGCAGGUGUGGUCGUUGCCUGAGGGGUUGUUGGGUGUUGUUGGGGGCGUUGCGGAGGCUGUGCUUGGUCUUAUGGGGAAGACUCCUGAGACUGACGAGGCGGGUUGUGCGGUACUCGUGCAUGACGCGGCGAAGUUUCGUCUCGCUUAUCUUCCUGUUGUGCCUGUUGAUGAGGGCAUUGCUCGGGCUGUUGGGUAUGUCGUUGAGAAGCAGCGUCAGGAUGAAGGUAAGAAGGCGUUGUAA